UCAGUAUGUACAAAGAACUGUACAAUUGUCGAACCGGAGAUGUCAACAAACAAGCUCUCACUAGUUACCGUCUUUUAAUUUAAAUUUCAAAAUUCAUAAAAUGUACUAUUUUAGAGAAUAUAAUGAAGGCGCAGAACGUGGGGACUAUGGGCAUUCUGUCAGAGAGAGAGCGUUUGAAAGCAUUGAAGAACUAAGCACAAAUCUAGAUGGGAGCCCAUCAGGUCUGGCAAGUGGAGGGGACUCGAAGCAUUACUUGAGGAAGUCUGUACACCCCAGGAUACUGACUUGGGAGGAUGGAAACAUUGAGGAGCCUCGACACACGGAGGCAGCAACUCAGCUUAAAAACACAUUGUUUGCUUCAAUGUCAGCCCCACCAGGACCUCUGCCAAGUCCAGGAGAGGCUGCGACCCUUCUAAAGAACCAGGUGGUAUACACAGCCCAGCUGGAGGCCGAGGCUCGUUAUGUCAAGGAGGAAAUGGCUGUCAUCAGAAUGAAGCUGGCUGAGGUUUUAGAAGAGAACCGACAGUUACACAAUGAACUCAAGACAACAGUGGUCCACGACAUCCUUAAAGAUGGAGGGGAGAUAAUUGAUGUUAUGGGUAACUUGGACCAAACAUUUGAAUCUUCAGCCUCUGCCAUGACACGACAUGACUUCAAGCGCUGGCAAGUUGAACUGGAAAGAUUGAGUCAACUCCACGCUGCCAAAUGUGAACGUUUAGAGACCCAGUUGGAUUUCUCCAAAUCUGAGGUAGAGAAGCUGGGCCAGAUGGUGGCAGAGCUUAAGGCCCAGCUCAGGGUCCAGGAGUCCAUCCCCACCCACGAGAACGGCUUCUCCCCCCUGACUUUCCUGUCUGAGACAGAGAGAAACGUCACCCACAGGACCAUAGAACAUUUGAGCAAGGAGAGAGAUGAACUGAUGGAUCAUGUGACCUCCCUUAAAGGUCAGUUGAAGGUCAUGUCGCAGCGAGAAGAGGAGGCCUAUCAGCAGAUGAAGAAAGGAAUACAGCUGGUAGAGCAAGCACAGCUGGAGCAGACACAGGCUCUGGUCCAGAAAGAACAAGUGUCUGAUGAGCUGAAGAGAACGAGGGAGAGACUUGACAAUUACAUCAGGGAAUCCCAGACGUUAAUUAGGGCAGAGAGGGAGACGGCGCGGCGAGAAAAUCAAACUCUGGUGGAAGAUCUCAACAGCAAGCUUCAGGAGCUGGGACAACACUACUCCCUGCUGCAGGCCAAGUAUGAGAAGGAGGUCAGGGAGAAGGCUGGUCUCAGCAGUGAGCUGAGUGAGCUCAAGUCACAACUGCGCACCUGUGACAGGGAGGUGACCGUGACAGCAGAGAGCUACAGGACUGAGACGACCAAUGCCUCGCUACAGCGCAACUCUGCCCUGUAUGAGUCCAACAGAUUGAGGUGUGAGCUGGAGACAGCAAGACAUGAAUACGAGCAGGAAAUGAGCCGCAGCAAGAUUGAGGUGGAUGACCUGAGGCAGAGGUUGACCAAGGCUGAGAGAGAGUUGAUCAACUCCAAGGAGGAGUGCAUUCACAUGACAUCCAACAUCCAGGCUUUAGAGAGGGAGCUCCACCUAGCCAAGAUGGCUAGGGACACAAUAGAGAGGUCACGCUUGGAUGACCUGAGGUUGAUACAGAAACAGGCCCAGGACAGGGAACAGGAGGUCACCAUGAGGAUGGAGGAGGCUGAGGACAGACACAACCAGGCCAGCCAUGAGAUGGACACCAUGCUGAUGAAACAAAGCAAGCUGAUCCUCAAGCUGCGGGAGGAGUGCAAGAAGCAGGGCCAGCACCUGGAGAAGACAGUCAAGAAAUACAGGUCAGAGAAUGGGAAGCUGCAACAGACCAACACAGAGCUGACCAAACGCCUAGAACGCUUGAGCCAGCGCCUGACAGAGCUGGAGGACCAGACAGACCAACACACCAGGGUCCACGACAAGAUGAGGGAACGUCUCAAGGUCAUGGACGAACAGGGACAGAACCAGGCAGUUCAGCUUGUUGAAGCUCUAACCAAGUUCAGCCAAGUGACAAGAGAUCGCCAGCUUUUGGCCAGAGAAGUUGAAUUUCUGCGCUCACAGCUGCACCGAGCCAAUCAGGUUUCUCCAGAUAUACUACGCCUCAACUCCUCCUCUAAGGCGUUAGUGGAUGACAUUCUUAACACUAUGACCAAGGAUGAGCGGGACGGAACCAUUUCUCUCAUUCCACAACUUCGCUUUGAGAGAAGUGAUCCUCCAGAAAAAAUUUCUGUGGAAGAUUUACGUCCUGAAUAACACCUUCCACCUCAGACCAUACUCAGUCAUUCAAGAUUGUAAGGAAAAUGUUAUCAAAGUGUAAUGAAAAUGUUUUGAACAUGUCAUGAAAAUGUUAUGGAAGUGUAAGGAAAAUGUUAUGAACGUGUAAGGGAAAUGUUAUGAACGUGUAAGGGAAAUUUUAUGAACGUGUAAGGAAAAUGUUAUGAACGUGUAAGGAAAAUGUGAUGAAAGUGUAAGGAAUAUGGAACUAUCUAUUGCAGUUGAAGAAACUUGUUGAUUGGGGCCCAAUAGAUUGUGAAUGUUUGAUUGGUGGCCAUGGAGUUUGUAACCCUGGUAUUCUUUGUUUGAGUUGAUCCAUUGAUGACAUCCAUUCUACAGCUAGGAUGGCAUACAGCACAUCAAUAUUAGGACAUCGACCACUUUUACCUGGCCACCCUUAGCCUCACCUGGCCACCCUUAGCCUCACCUGGCCACCCUUAGCCUCACCUGGCCACCCUUAGCCUCACCUGGCCACCCUUAGCCUCACCUGGCCACCCUUAGCCUCACCUGGCCACCCUUAGCCUAACCUGAAGUGGCCAGAUACAAUUAUCUGCCCCGGCAGCAUGACUCCUCCUGUCAAUGAUAGCAAUUACACCCCUGUGAUACAGUACAUGGGAUAACAGUUUUAUGAAGUUGCUGUCCAACCAUUUUAUCCUGAGUUGUAUGAUUGCUGAACCACAGAUCUAACCUAGACUGACCACUCAACUAAGAUUACAGUUAACCCUCCGCAGUCCUCUGGUUGCCUUAACUAUGUAUAUAACUUCUAUUUAUGUGUUGUAGUGGAAGCCUCAUUGAGAAUUUGAAGAUACAAGCGAAGCAGGAAUUAGGAAUCUUUAUGGUUGUUUUUUUUUUCUUCAGUACAAGCAACAUAAUUAAUGAAAUCCAAAACAAAUCAAAUGCCUCUGCCAUUGAAUCGGGCUUUUUUUCCCCACGUUUUCUUUAACUUGCUUUCGCGUCUGUUUGUUUGUCUUUCCAUCAAAUCUUGCGAUCGAAAUUUCGGGCACUUCCCAGUUAGCUAGCGCGCUGAAAUUUUCAGGGAAGCUUUGUUUCCGAUGACAAUACAAUAUUCAAUUAUUAUUAUUACUAAAUUGAUCCAUGGAAAAAUUUUAUUGAUCAUUUUAGACUCUUAUUGAUUUGUACAAAAAAGGGACAUAACCUAGUAAUUGUAAUUUGAUAAAAACAAGGUUCGGUACUUUCCCUCUUCUGAAAUCUACUUUUUAGUUCAAUCAGAAAACGUGGGUUUUUUUUUUUUAAAUUUAAUGAUAAUUAUUGCCUAAUAAAGUGACAUUGAAACAGAAAGUAGCUCCAGUGACUGUGCUGAAUUUUUUUGUAGCAUUUAAAAUACAUUUUUUUUAAUAGAAAUAGCAGUAGCAGUAGUGUGGUGUCUUAGUUUUUCACGGAUUAGUGUAAUUUUUAUUUAUUAUUCUAUUUUACCUCAUACAUAAUAAACUCAGACCAAUUUUG